CUGGAUCGUGUACUUGUAAUGCUGACGAAAGUGGAAUAGAAAGAAGUGAAAGAAUAGAGGUUUCGGUUUGUUCUACUGGCAGAGUUCUUUUUAAAAAAUUGUGGAAUUGGCCUAUAGAGAAGAGCAGUUACAGUUUGGACGUGUAUUGUGAUGUGUAGCUUGUUUAAUCUGUGGUGAUCUACUCAAUCUUAGAUGAAAUGAUACCUCGGACAGCCUAGUUACUAUAGUUCAUUUCGCGCCCAGUUUCUGUUGUGUUCAAGUCGAUCCCCUGUCGACCCAUCUUUGAUGCCAAGUGAAAAGUAGCUUACAAAUACCGUAGUAUAAAUAGUACCUUUGGAAAUCAACAAAAAGUAUAAAUAUUGCGCACAAAACUGUGUCGCAUUUGGCAAGGCCCAUUCGGCAGUUUUAAUUUUAGUGUCGUAGCUUUGUUAUUCUCGAGUAAACCACAACAACAAACACAUUUUAGCUCCCUUCGCUCGUGCUGGUGGUCGCUAAAUUUUGGGUCUCCUUGGGCUUUAACUAGUCUAAUUUUUGAAUAUGGCAAUCAUAAUACAACAGCAGCGUCAAAACAAACGCCAUAAAACAAAAUCCAUUGGGAGCCCCGACCCUAUGGAUGCAUUUUUGGGGUUGUACGACAAUGGAUCGGAUUCAGACGAUGACGAAUGGAUUUCUCAGCUCGAAAUAGGUGAUCCUCUGGCCAGUAACAGCAACCAAAAGAAGAAUCUACCACCAGAACCGCAAUCCGGCAAUAUUGAAUAUAAACUUAAACUGGUGAACCCUUCGGAGCAACGGAUCCAGCAUCUUGUCACGCAGAUGAAAUGGCGUCUACGUGAGGGUCAAGGUGAAGCAAUCUACGAAAUCGGAGUAGGGGACGAUGGAUUUUUGCAUGGCUUGUCACGCACGGAUAUGGAUGCCUCUUUGGAUACUCUGGGCACAAUGGCCAGGCGGCUAGGAGCCUCUGUAACUGUUCUUCGAAGAAGAUCUUUAGAUGUGACCGAUGAUGAAGCCAAUGCCAAUCUAUCUGUGGCGGAAGUACUCGUACGGAAGGUCCCCGAUGACCAGCGUAGUAUCGACUUACGAGUAGCUGUCCUCGGGAAUGUCGAAGUAGGAAAGUCAACAUUAAUCGGCGUCUUGACUCAAGGUCAACUGGACAACGGCCGUGGCCUGGCUCGGCUCAACAUGUUUCGACACAAACAUGAAUUUCAGACGGGUCGCACAAGUUCUGUCAGCCAUGACAUUUUGGGCUUCGACUCGAGUGGACAGAUCGUUAAUUACGAGCAGGCCACUACGGCCGAGGAGAUCUGCGAUAACUGCUCCAAAUUGCUUACCUUCAUCGAUUUGGCUGGUCACCACAAGUACCUGCGGACGACUAUACGUGGAUUGACUUCGUAUUCGCCCCAUUACGUCAUGCUUAUCGUUUCUGGAACGUCGGGAGUGGUCGGUACCACCCGUGAACACCUUGGCCUGGCUCUUGCUUUGGAAGUCCCUUUCUUCAUCGUCAUCACCAAACAAGACGUUACCCGGCCCCAAGUUCUUUCGGACACAAUUCACCAUUUGGAAACUCAUCUCAAAGGUCCCGGAUGCAAUAAGGUCCCAUUCCGAAUUGAAACGGAAGAUGAUGUCAUUACGGCUGGCGCCGCUUCGCUUUCGGAGAAAACCGUGCCCAUCUUUGUGGUGUCGAGCGUAACCGGACGGGGGCUUAAUCUUUUGACCAAAUUUCUGCAUCUGCUGCCACCGGGGUGGGGAGCGCUGGAACGCGAAAAGAUGGAACAGGAGCCGGUGGAAUUUCAAAUUUACGAGACGUUUUGUCUACCUCAAGUUGGCACCGUCUUGGGAGGCCUUUUGACCCAGGGCGUCUUGACGGAAAACAUGAAACUGCUGCUCGGACCUCUAGAAGAUGGAUCGUUUCAUCCGGUUCAAGUCCAAUCGAUUCAGCGGUACAAAUCUUCGUGCCGAGUCGUCCGAGCUGGGCAGAGCGCUUCGUUGGCCCUCAACAUCGAGUUGCCCAACAUCCGCAAGGGAAUGAUUCUGGCUGAUCCGCACCUUAAUCCGCAAGCUACUCUUUUCUUUCAGGCUACAAUCGUUGUGCUGUUUCAUUCGACAAGCAUGCACAAGGGGUUCCAGACGACGGUGCACAUUGGCAGCAUCCAGCAAACGGCCGUCCUGGAAGGAAUAAUGGCCCAGAAGCACAUCUCGACCAACGAUACGGCGUCCGUUCUUUUCCGCUUCUUGCAGCAUCCGGAAUUCAUCCGAACAGGAUCGAGACUCUUGUUCCGUACGGGAAGCACCCAAGGAAUAGGCAAAAUCACCCAGGUCUUCCCAAUUGAAAUUGACAGCUGUGUAGAGAAAUGAACGCCACCUCGUCUCCGUUUCCUGACCUAGAUUCUUAAGUAUCCGCUCCCUUAGGGACAUAGAUUUUGAACCUCGAAAAAUGUCUUAACAUCCGUUUAAUUCACGCCCCCGUUUUUAAAUUAAAUUCAGCAUUCUUCUUAAUAUUAAUUGUAUGAUAACCAAGGGAAGCCCCACAUGUUUACCCAAACAGUGUGUCGUGUUGCGAAAUUUGAUUGUCGUUCCUACCCUCACUCGCAAAAGUUCAAAGACGUUUAAAAUUAUUCUUGAAUUUAAAGUUACGAUAUUUUUUUUCCCCUUUUUUUCAUUUACGAAUCCGGCAAUCUCUUGUAAAACGACUUCCUCAUCGCCAAAAUACUUGUGUUCUAUCUAUCUUCCCGUUUCCUAUCGAAGGAUGUCAAAGCCUUAAAUUCUUUGUUCUUUAACACUACGUUGUGUGUGUGUGUGUGUGUGUGUGUCGAGAUUUUGUCGGAUAUAUACGUACAAACUAGAAACGA